GGUUUUACAAGGGUUUUAGCAAGCUUCCCAUUUGCUUCACAUGAAAAACACAAAAUUUGCAUCUUCAAAUUCUCUUUCAAAAACUCCAAAAUCCAUUUCUUCAAACAAUGACCUUACAACCCAUCUCUUCAAAAACCCAAAUUUAUCUCUCACCUUCACCAAAAUCUCCCUUUUACUCCAUUUUCAUCUCUCAAUUCUGCACUUCAUCAGCACCUCCAUAUCCUCACCAACCUCAAUCCCACCGCUUCCACUCGUCGCGGCGGCACCAUCAUCUCGAAGAGGAGCUGAGAAAUGUGAAGGUUUCUGUUUGGUGGGAUUUUGAGAACUGUAAUUUGCCUGCUGGUGCUAAUGUUUAUAAAGUUGCUCAUGGGAUCACUGCUGCUGUUAGGGCUAAUGGGAUCAAAGGGCCUGUUCAGAUUACCGCUUUCGGGGACGUUUUGCAGCUUUCCAGGGCUAAUCAAGAGGCCCUUUCCUCCACUGGGAUUAAUCUCGCCCAUGUUCCUCGUGGAGGAAAAAACAGUGCUGAUAGGUCUCUUCUUGUAGACCUUAUGUAUUGGGUUUCUCAAAACCCACCACCUGCCCAUCUUUUUCUAAUUUCUGGCGACAGGGACUUUGCUAGUGUAUUGCACCGACUAAGAAUGAGCAAUUACAAUGUAUUGCUUGCAAGUAAAGAUACUGCUCAUGGUGUAUUAUGUAGUGCUGCAAGUAUCAUGUGGCGUUGGAAUUCUUUGGUCAGAGGGGAAAACCUAACUGGAAAGGUUUUCAAUCAACCACCCGACGGUCCUUAUGGUUCAUGGUAUGGUCAUUAUAAGGUCCCUCUUGAGGACCCCUUUGCUGAGCAAUCCUCAUCCGUACAACUACAAGGUGAUGAGUUGACUGAUGCUUGUUCAGAGAUAAAGCUUCGUCCGAUUCCAGAUGCAGUUAUGAAGCAGAUAUCUAAUAUGCUUCGUUUAUACCCUAAUGGAAUCCCAGUGACUCAACUUCGUACUGAGUUGGCAAAAAGUAAUGUAGGAAUUGAUAAAGACUUUUAUGGAUAUAAGAAGUUCAGUCGUUUUCUCUUGUCCAUGCCAGAUAUUUUGAAGCUUCAUGCUACCAGUGAUGGUCAGCAUCUCGUGCAUGGUAUUAUUCCAAAAGCUAAAGCAUUUGAGCCAUCCAGAGAUACUGAAAUUAGUGAUGGAAACCGAUGCUCUACUAAAUUUGUAAAGCCCAAGGUUGAGGGUGUGCCCGUCACUGCCUCAGUGGAUCAAAAAUCAUUAAUUCAUUCUUCUCCUGAACUAAGUACGGAAGCACCUACCAAAAAACUCCAAGUUUCCCCUCCUAUUGAGAAGGCUGUCAAAAUGGAUGUUCAGCCGCCUCCAAAAGAAAUGGCAGAACCCCAUUCUAUUGGUCAAAACAAUGUAGAAGUGAUCAAUCUGCAGGUAGCUAGGGAAACUAGGCCUCCUACUAGGCCUCCUACAGAAGAGGAAUCUAAAGUAGGUUUCUUAAAAAACAUCUGGAGAUGGUUUGGUGGUGUUAAUGACAGUUCUAAAGGCUAUGACACUCAAGAUACAUAUCAUAUUAAUCAGAAUGAGUCUGGGAAGAAAAAUAAGUGCACCGUCGGAAAACUUGGUGGUUCUAACGAUUGUCUUGAGAAGAAAGAAGUUGGGAAAUUUGCGAAGGCACCAAACCAGGAAAAUGAUGCAAUAGUUGCCGCAUCAAGUCCUUCAUCUAACAGUGAAUCAACUUUGGUGAAAGAAACUACUAAAGGUUCUGAACCAUAUAGUACAAUAACUGAGAAGAGUCCUAGCUUUAUUAACUUGAUUAAGAAAAUAAUUUGGGGAAAUGAUGUGAACUCUAAUUCAUUGGCUGAACAGCCUAGUGGAAAACCCAGGCAUGUAAACAGUUAUUCAGGAGUGCAUGAAAUGUUUUCUGAUGAUUCUUUUUGGGGAGAGAUGGAAUCCUUUCUUGGUUCACAAGGGGGAUCACUUCUUGUGUCGAAAUCAAGGACCAGAGAACAGAUGGCUAGGAACCUGCAAAAGGAAGGACCUACAGCUCUCAGAUCUCUUAAUAAAAGGGAUCUGCUUCAGUUGGUUGGUAUGUUGAUAACUGAGAAGAAAUGGGUGGAAGAGAAUAUCUCUGAAGCUUCACCUUUCAAGCUUAUACAGGCAUUUGGAAAGGACACCUCCUUGGGCAUUUCUAGUGCUUCGAAUGGAUUGAGAUCAAUUUUUAUGAGCAUACAGUCACAAUCAGCCUCGACAAAACCAUCAAAACAUCGAGGAGAUGGAAGAACGGGAAGCGUUUCAAAUAUAUCUCAUGCUGGAGUUUCUCAACCAGCGAGCUCUAAGAAAUCUCCAGAAAAAUCUAUAGUAGAGACGAAAGCACACUGUCAAAAGCUUGUGAAUGAGAUUAUAAAGGAAUUUCCCCAAGGAUAUAAUUGUGGCUCCUUUAAAAAGCAGUUCCUUGAGAAAUACGGAUAUCAUCUUGACGUUCAAAAGCUCGGUUAUCGAAACUUGGGAUCCUUACUACAGACAAUACCUGGGGUGAAAAUUGAGUCCACUCACAUCAUUCCUUCCAGUGAUGUCCGUAGUGUACAAGAUUGUAAUGUCAGUUGUUCAUCUGCUGCUUUAGGUGGUGAUUUAUCAGAUUAUCCAAAGGAUGACGAGUCGGACUCUUCAUGGGAUGAACUAGGUCCUGUUGAUAAUUCAGGCUCAAGAAGUAAAGAACUGGAAGAAACAUGCUCACGACCUCGUUAUGAGCCUCCCCUCUCCGAUGAUGACAUGUCUGAUUCAGAAGGAGAGGCCUCAGCUCUAAGUCGAUCAGAAGGGCAAGCAAAAUGUCAAGAGAAAUCCGAGGACAGCUCAUUGCUUCAAAUUCUUGAUCAAUGGUACAGCAGCAAGGAUGGUAUUAACAGCAAAGGAAAAUCAGAAAACGCAGAAUACUUGGUUAAUUGUUCCGAAAACGGUUUGCGGCCAUCCGAUUCAUAUGGGAUGGGAAUUAAAUCCGGAAGUUCAGGAAAUUAUGGGUCAAAGCCAAAAGCUCAAAAGAGCUAUUCUUUUGUUGCAGUUUCCGAUGGCAAUGAUGAAAAUAAUUCAGACAAGCUUUUCGAUGGCAUAGUAAGCAGCUUGAGGAAAUCAGGUAAAGGAAAAUGUGCCUCAUAAGCUGAAUCAAUUGUUUGAAGUGCAGUAACUUUAGACAUUAACAAUCAGUUUGGUUAUAUUUGAAGGCUAUUUUGUUACCCUUCAAAUAUACAAGUUAUUGGCUAUAAUGUUACGGUUAGAAUAGAAAUUCAUUACAAUUACUUUAGCUACAUUAAUGAGAAAACAAUAGUACUACUAAAUACCCUCCAAGUUUUCAAAAAUA